AUGGCACUAAACCCACAUCAAAGAAAGAAGGUCGAUAUCAGCCAAAUGACUGAAGAGGAACAAAAACUUUUCCGAUUAUACGGAAAGUUACCCCCAAAGAAAAACGUUGCGAAGCACAACCUCAUGGAACGCAAAUACUUUGAUUCGGGCGAUUACGCUUUAUCAAAAGCUGGCAAAACGGCACCUCAAUCGGUCGGCACAGCGAUACCCUCACCGGAAACCAUUCAUCAUGCUUCUUUGCCUGCGAACUUAACCCCUACCAACAGUGGUGGUAUACCCACUGGGGCUAACAAUGGUCCGACUCAACUAAACUCAGAUGCAUCGUUUUUGGAAAUUGAUUCAGAUUCACUAUCCAGCGAUCCGACUCCGAACAGUGCUUCGAAAGAAGCCGAGCCAGGCGAGCAAACGGCUAAUAUAGAUAGCAAUACGGCAUCUUCGGGUGAGGCACAGGCUGAUCCCAUGCCCGCCUGA